AGCCGGGCCGAAACCUAGGCGAAAGACCGCGCCUCACUCCGCCCCCUGCGCCAUUUUAUCGCCCCCCUCCCCGACCUCCCCUACCCGAAGCUGCGGGGCCAGCGCCAGGGGUAGGGCAAACAGGCAGUGAUUGGCAGGAAACCGCCCCGCCUCUGGGGGGGUGCCCCCGCGCAGGCGCUGCGACCCCGCCCUGCGUACCGCCUACCGCGACUCUUGGCUCCACCCCUUCUCGUCUCAUCGACCCUCUCGGCUCUCCGUUGCUUUAGACUCCCGACCACUGCCAGGAGGAGAAGGGCCCAGGCCGAGCAAGCCAAGCGACGAGCUCAGCUGAUGCAACCUAAUUGGACUUGAGAUACUACUCCCAGCACGCGGCGGCGGUGACCGAGAAAGGGGCGCAGGUGCCGGACUGAGCUCGGGAGUCAGGGGCGAAGGAGCUAUGGGGGACACUCCGAGCCCAGAAGAGAAGCUGCACCUUAUCACCCGGAACUUGCAGGAGGUUCUGGGGGAAGAGAAGCUGAAGGAGAUACUGAAGGAGCGGGAACUUAAAGUUUACUGGGGAACAGCAACCACAGGCAAGCCACAUGUUGCUUAUUUUGUGCCUAUGUCUAAGAUCGCGGACUUCCUGAAAGCAGGAUGUGAGGUAACAAUUCUGUUUGCGGACCUUCACGCAUACCUGGAUAACAUGAAAGCCCCAUGGGAACUUCUAGAACUUCGAACCAGCUACUAUGAGAAUGUGAUCAAGGCAGUGCUGGAGAGCAUUGGUGUGUCUUUGGAGAAGCUCAGGUUCAUCAAAGGCACCGAUUACCAGCUCAGCAAAGAGUACACACUAGAUGUAUACAGACUCUCCUCUGUAGUCACACAGCACGAUGCCAAGAAAGCUGGAGCUGAGGUGGUAAAGCAGGUGGAGCACCCUUUGCUAAGUGGUCUGCUGUACCCAGGACUACAGGCCUUGGAUGAAGAAUAUUUGAAAGUAGAUGCCCAAUUUGGAGGCAUUGACCAGAGGAAGAUUUUCACCUUUGCAGAGAAGUACCUCCCUGCACUUGGCUACUCAAAACGGGUCCAUCUGAUGAAUCCUAUGGUUCCAGGAUUAACGGGCAGCAAAAUGAGUUCUUCAGAAGAGGAAUCCAAGAUUGAUCUCCUUGAUCGGAAGGAGGAUGUGAAGAAAAAACUGAAGAAGGCUUUCUGUGAGCCAGGAAAUGUAGAAAACAAUGGGGUUCUGUCCUUCAUCAAGUAUGUCCUCUUUCCCCUCAAAUCUGAGUUUGUGGUCCUUCGAGAUGAAAAAUGGGGUGGAAACAAAACCUACACAGAUUACUUGGACCUGGAAAAGGACUUUGCUGCCGAGGUUGUUCACCCUGGAGACCUAAAAAAUUCUGUCGAAGUUGCCCUGAACAAGUUGUUGGAUCCCAUCCGGGAAAAGUUUAGCACCCCUGCCCUGAAGAAACUGUCCAGUGCUGCUUACCCAGAUCCCUCGAAGCAGAAGCCAGUUGCCAAAGGCCCUGCCAAGAAUUCAGAACCAGAGGAGAUCAUCCCAUCCCGACUAGAUAUCCGUGUGGGAAAAGUUGUUAGUGUGGACAAGCACCCAGAUGCAGACAGCCUGUAUGUGGAGAAGAUUGAUGUGGGGGAAUCUGAGCCACGGACUGUGGUGAGCGGCCUGGUACAAUUUGUGCCCAAGGAGGAACUGCAGGAUAGGCUGGUGGUGGUGCUGUGCAAUCUGAAACCCCAGAAGAUGAGAGGAGUCGAGUCUCAAGGCAUGCUUCUGUGUGCUUCUAUAGAAGGGGUCAGCCGCAAGGUUGAGCCUCUGGAUCCUCCUGCAGGCUCUGCUCCUGGUGAGCGAGUGUUUGUGAAGGGCUACGAGAAGGGCCAACCAGAUGAAGAGCUCAAGCCAAAGAAGAAAGUCUUUGAGAAGUUGCAGGCUGACUUUAAAAUUUCUGAGGAGCGCAUCGCACAGUGGAAGGAAACCAACUUCAUGACCAAGCUGGGAUGCAUCUCCUGUAAAUCACUGAAAGGGGGAAACAUUAGCUAGCUAACCCAGCAUCUUCCUUCUGUUAUCUUGUACCAUCUGCUGUCUCCUCAAUUUACUCCAUCUAUCACCCAUUUACUCAUCUCCCAGGACACUGAAGCAGGAAAUUUGGGACUUUAUUAGGUGCAGAACUCAAUUAAGAGGCAGCUCAACCUCCUCAGAAUCUAGGGUCAUCCCAGUUUGGCUGCAGUGAGAGGCUGACCUCCCAGGUAGUAACAAGGGCACAGCAGCAACAGGGAGUCCAGCUCUACCUUCUUGCCUUGGACGCUGACUUGAGAAAUCUGGUUUCAUUAUAACUCACAGAAAAAGUUUAUACCACAAUCUUAAUUGGAAAAAUACUAAUUCCUAGGUUUUCCUAGAGUUAUCCCAGCAACUAUGCCUCUGCCUGGGAUCUGGUGCCAGAACUGGGCUAAUUACAGCUUCUCCCCAACAGGAAAUUGUGGGAUUUGAAAAGGAAAGAGAAGGGAAAACAGAGAACCUAGUGGUCUACCAGGUGGUUGGCAGCUUUUGCCAAUGCCUGCCAGCUGAGGCUUGGCACUGGGAACUGAGCCUACCCCAGGGCUCUUGGAAUUUCCCUCGCUCCCGCGAGGUUGGGACAUUCCCUAAACCAGCUGCGUCGUUAACACCAGAAGGUGGAUGAUACAGACCGGUUCUUCAUAGAGGGUGGGGUACUUCUCCAUAAGGCAUCGCAGUCUCUAUCAUGAAUUCAAAUAAAAUGUCCCAAAAAGGGUGUCUGAGUGUC